AUGACCCUGUCGGCUAACAAAGUUAUGCUCGAAUGGGAGGUUGCCAUUUUCGGCCCCCCAGAAACUCUCUAUGAAGGGGGGUAUUUUAAGGCACGAAUGAAAUUCCCACAAGAUUAUCCAUAUUCUCCUCCAACCUUCAGAUUUACAUCCAAAAUGUGGCACCCUAAUGUGUACGAGAAUGGUGAUCUAUGCAUAUCAAUUCUACAUCCACCAAUUGAUGACCCACAGAGUGGCGAGUUACCAUCCGAAAGGUGGAAUCCAACACAAAAUGUUAGAACUAUUUUAUUAAGUGUAAUAUCUCUUUUGAAUGAACCAAACACAUUUUCACCAGCAAAUGUGGAUGCUUCAGUGAUGUAUCGCAAGUGGAAAGAAUCUAAAGGAAGAGACAGAGAGUAUGAAAAUAUCAUUAGGAAACAAGUUUCUGCUACUAAGGCAGAUGCUGACAAAGAUGGGGUAAAAGUGCCUUUAACCCUACAGGAUUAUUGUAUCAAGACAAAAAUUCAAACGCCACAGAAUAGUACUAUGGACAUGGCAGAUUUCUAUGAUGAUGAUUAUGACCUUGAUGAUGAUGACGAUGACAAUGAGGUUGAUGAUGAUGAUGAUAAUAUUUAUGACGAUGACGAUGAUUCAGGCAAUGAAGAAUCAUGAUGUUGUCAAACUGAGAUAUAACAGACUCUUUCAAAAUUUUAAAAUAAAUGUGUCCGAUGGUCCUCCGACUUCCGUGGAUGGCUGUAGAAUCUCUUUGCUGGUUCCACUUAAUAUAUCAGUUACUUUGCAAUCAUAAUCAGAGUGAAAUGAUGGGAGCUGUAACAAAAAAAGCCUUCUUUUUAAUGGUAUAAUAUAUAAUAAUAAAUAAACUUGAUGUGUAUGGGACAUAGUCGGACGUUUCCAAUUAACGACACUACAUUGUUUUCUCUGGACUCUUGUUUGGAACAGUGCCGCGAGGAUAGUUAUUUUAAAUGUGUUAUCAACUGCAAUGUAAAGUCAUUGCUUCUUAUGAAAUUGUAUGUAAAGUUUUAUAAUAAUCUCCAAAAUUGUCUGCAGAGGUGUUCAGCUGCCCCGUCUACUUGAAGACUUCUAACAAGAGAUGUAUCUGUAGUUCUGUAAUGAGAGCUUGCCUAAUCUCUGCAUACAGUUAUAAAGUGUAAGCAUCUUUAAAAACUGUGUUCUGUUGAUGAUACCGUACUUUCCUGAUCAUAAGCCCCUCCCCAAGUAUAAGCCCACACCCUCUGUUUUUAGACAUUUAACAAGUUGAGAGCAUCCCCGAGUAUAGGCCCAGGGUGUUUUUGUCGGGGCGUCAAUGACAUUUACUAAAAUGUGUAAGUAUAAAGUGUUUCAUUGCAUAAAAAUUGUAAUUGGUACAGUAGUUUGGUUCCUGCUUUUAUGAGAAUACUCGCAUUAAUUUCAGAGUGCAUGGCAAGUGACUGUACGCAGCAUAGUAAAUAUACAUUUUCUGUUAUGUCAUUCACUCAGAAUGAACCCUGAUGUUGCAAUACUGAAGUAAUCCAUAUUUCAUCGAGUAGUAACUAUCGAAAUGCCAAAAAUGUGAUCAAGUCGUGAAACCUGGUCAUAGAACAUAGUUUUACUUUUCCGAAUAAUCUUGACCAUUGAGACUAUUGUGUGACAAGUAAACUAUUCUUAGACGUGACCUGUUGGAAGUUGUUUCAUGUCAAAUCGUGAUGAAAAGCAUCAUGGCGGAAAUUGCUUUGUGUUUGAGUUUGUGAACAAUCAAAAACAUUCCACAACUAUGAUAAUGAUCUUGCCUUUGACUGUUUUCCCAACCCAUUUUUACACCGUAAAUUCAGACGGUAUGUAAACUGUAUUUUAAUAAAAUGUGUGCAUUAUUAUGAACACUUUUGUUUCUUCAUUGUUAAGUGUCUUAAAAAAAAAAUAAAAAAAAAGGCAUAUUACAAGUUUAUGCCCCUAGGCUUAUGAUCGGGGUGGGGGGAGCACGGUAGAACCAAUUGAGAUGCAGAAUGUUAAUGAUACAAUUUGUUAAAUUGUAAACUACAAGUAUUUUAUAUUAGUUUACCAAAGCCUUGUAGGGCUUUACUACUACCUAUCUUUCUCCUUUUUUUUCUUGCCUUUCCAGACCUAAAUGUGUUAGAUGUUAGGGCACUUUUAUAGACAUUUGUGAAAUUAAAUUUGGGAGAAGGGUGUUAGCUGAAUAGUGUCAAUCUUUUGACAAUUGUUGAUGUAUAUACGCAUGUUCUUGUGUUCAGCUUGUGAAUUUAUCUGUAGUCGUUUCACCAAAACAAAGGCAUGUAAUUACAAGUGUUCAUCUUCAUUUGAUCCUAUUUGUUGAAUCCCAUAGUGCAGCUUCAUGGCUCUUCAAAGGUUUUGGCUGCAUGAGACUGUUGCUUCCUUUCCUAUUUUGAUGACUUGUCUUUAUCAGUGCAACAGCACAUAGUGGGGGGGGGGGGGUGAUGUACUGAUUUAAAAAAAAUUUUGAAACCCCCCAGACUAUUUUGUGACAUUUGGCAAUGACUAAUAUUUUGUAUCCGACCUGGUGGAUUGAAACUUUUUCUUCCAUAGCCUUUGUUGAACGACAAAGUAAACCUUUGCCACUUUUCACAAAAAUGAGAUCAUGCUUUCUUUAAACCAAAAAAAAUUGACUGGGACCUGUUUGGGAAAUUUGAUUCAAGUAUUGGGGGGGGGGGGCGACAAAAACAACAAAGUGCCAUCCUCCCCACUUCUCUAGAGACGAUGCACUACUGUCUAUGGGAAUCCUAAAAAAAAAAAAAAACUGUUGUGCACCAAAAAAACAAUUUCAUGUGUACUUGUAUGUCAGGAUUUUGAGGCAAUGAGUGCAAGCAAAACACUCUUGUGUGUCAGAUUAACCAGGAUUGGGAGAAUGGAAGAGCAACUCUUUGUUUCUUCAAUAAUGAUUGUUGGCUUGGUUGUUUAUAAUUAAAUUAUUUUCGCGAGUUGUUAAAAAGUGCAAAAUUGAACUGUUAACUGUAGCUAUGAUGUAUAGCAAUUGGUUUCUAAAACUGAAAUGUUCACACUUUGUGUUUAGGUACUGCACUUUCAUCAAGCUCUGAAAACUACUCUUGUGAUACUGCAUUAGCCAAUUUUGCCGGAUAUUUUGAAUAGAUUAUACAAAGGGAAUAUGCUUCAUGUCACUGCUGAAAUUUUUUGCAGUAUAGAAACAUGUCCUUCACAAAUGACAGUUAUUUGAAAAGUUACCAUUUCUUGAUAUUGACUGUUGCUAAAAUGUGUGAAUCCUGGAAGAAGUGUGGAAAACUGAUUUCUAAAUUUGUUAUUCUUCAUGUGCAAGAGAUGUCAUCUAUCACUUGAUUGGUAUUGUUGCAAUUAAUCAUAGCCAAUCAUAUUGUAGAUUACAAACUGAAAGUUCUUACAGGAACGAUAAAUACUUUAAUUUGUAUAAUACUAGGUGAUGUACACUGUUGAAACUUUCUGAACAUGGAGAAUGUUUUUUGUUAAUAUUAUACGCUUGUAGAAUUGGUGCUGUGAAAAAUGUAUGCCAAGAUAUUUAACUUUCAAGGGACUAAAAUUAUUGCAAUUUGCAUAUUUUGGCCAAUAUUUUACUGUCAUGGUUUACAAAAAAGUACAUUCAUUGGUUGAGCUGAAGUAAUUUUACAGUGUGGGAUUGCCUCCCUUGUAGUUUAAAUAGGGUUUUCAACAGUAAUUAUUAUUAAUGUUAUUUUUUAGUAGUAACAAUUUAAUAAAAUGCUCAAAUUGUU